AUGAUUUUGGAAGUAAAAAGAGCAUUUACAAACUUUCUGAAGAUGAACAGUGAUUCAACAUCUACUGGUCACAUGAAAAAUGGUAUACAAACGGGUUCACAAGGGAAUUCUAGUUUAACUGAUCAAGACUGUCCUAACCCUUUACUCAGAAAUAGUGUACAUCAUGGAGAUGGUUGCGACAAAACCAAAGAAUAUUGUCACCGAUUUGGUUUCAGAGGGUCAACUGUUUCUGAUUCAUUGGAUUUGGCAAGUCACCGGAAUCAGACUUCUUCGCAUCCGAAGUUUAGACAAGAAUCCAUAGAACUUGGAUUGAUCUGUCCAGAAAAAGUUUAUUCUACCAAACAGUCCUCUCUCAAUGGUCAUUUAUUUUGUCCUGUGCCUCUUGAUGGGGAUACAUUCUGUGACCAUUGUAACCAGCCGAUCUGGGAGUUAGGAUGGCGACCUGUAUGCUUGAAGUGUGCAAAAUGCCAUAUGACAUGUCACUGGCUCUGCAAGGAUGAAGUUACAGUUUUGUGUGAUGAAGAUGCUAAAUGUAUCCAUCAAACUGCUGAAGAAAGCCCAUUCCUAGCUGAAGUUAUUUCAAAUGAAGAAAUUGAAAAUGUUAGUAACCAACUUUGUCAACUGUCUACAUAUCUGGAGAACGAUGAAAAGUCUACAUUUGAAGAUACUUUGACUAAACCUUCCGAAGUAGACUCUGGUUUAGGCAUUCAGUUGACUACUGAGUCUGACAUCCGACUAUCAGAUACAGUCUCUCCUGAAGAAUAUUGUACGGUAUAUAAUUUUAUCGACAAAGUUGUUGAUCAUAUUCCUACUGAAGUUACCGCAGAAAUAAACUCUCCCAGUUCCAGUCAGCAGCAUUUCAAGUCAAUAAAUCGUGAUUCCAACCAGUCAUACAAGUUAGUCUAA